AUGUCAUCUCACUUGUCUGAAAAUUCUUCCAUCUUGUUCUCUCAACAUUCUCUUAUGGUUCAAUCAAAAAAAAGACCAGCUUAUGAAUAUCUUAGCGAAUCCGAUAGCUUUGAAACUUUCAAUCUCUGUGAUAUGUGUAAAAAUUACUUAAACUUAAUUGCUAAAGAAUGUCAU